AUUACAUAUUUCAAAAGUGCAGAUUGUCUUAACUUCAAUUACAAUAUCACAAUGGUCAAACACUAGGAAAAUGACUGUACAAUUCUAGCUAUUGCUGUGUGCAAGAAGGAUAGGGAACCUUAAAUCUCUUUCUCUACUGCUGAUAGCUCGUCCCCUCCUUUCCUGUACCUUUUUUGUGAACAUGUCCUUUCUCUUUAUUUCUUAUUUCCUUUUACUUUCUCUUCUCUAGACAUCUCUUUUCUCUAUCUUGACAGCCAUAUCGAGCAGGGGCAUAUACAUGUCAUGAAUGAAGAUAAUUCAUCUUUUUCUUUAUCUUCAAAAAGAGCGUCUUUUUCUUCACGUGCUAGCAAAUUACCACAAAGGAUUGUACAAUCAUUCAAUAUUAGACAGCAACAGCAAACAACGAAUAAUUACAGUUAUAGCCAGAAUAAGACUGUCAGCAGCAGCAGCAAUAGCAGUAGUAACAGCAGUUUAAGUACUAGUGACAAUUUACCGACCCGUAUUAGUCAAAUGAUAUUUCGACAAAAAAAUUCUAACGAGGAGUAUCAAAAUUACUCACCAUCAUCACCACCACCAUCAGAGACCCUACCCAAUUAUCCGCAGCCGCAACGUCCGAAAGUGAGUAACUCCUCGUUGCCAAGAUCUUUAAUGGGCAAUAAUGAAAACAAUAAUGAAAUACUAUCUACAACAGCAGCAGUAGCAACCGCAGGUGAAAGAGUGACCCCUUACUUAGCCUUACCUCCUCCUGAAGACAAUUUUAAACGAUCUUAUCAAGAAGCAAAGACUGUCUCAAAUAAACUCCAGGCAGUAACAGAUAAUGGGCGUUUUUUAGACCCUCCAUUUUCUCCUCUUUCUUCCAUAGCCAACAAUAAUAACCGCUAUUUUUCAGAAGAACCACCUCUUCCAGACCUUGCAAUGUACUCCAAUUUCACUCCACCACUGUCUCCGAUGCUAUCUAUUUUCAAUGGCAUUGGAUUAGUAACGCCAACAACAAGCUCAACUACAGCAACAAUGCUGCCAUCAAAAGUAGCGGAUUCGUCUGUUGCAGAGUUUGCCGACUAUUUAAUGGAACGCUGCUCAAAUAUCAAGACAGCCGUAGAAUAUUAUAACCUGUCAAAUUGCACCUAUAUUCAACAAAUAGAACUAAUUCUAAGCGACAUACAAUUUCUGAUUGAUGCGUGCAGAGAACCCUUGUAUUCUUCCAUUGAAGAAGAUAUUAUUGAUUUGAAAGAGCAGCAUUCGUAUAUCUGCAUGCGUUUGAAGGGUAGUACUAACAAUACCCGUAAUAUUAGCACUAAACCCGAAGUGAAAGAGUUUCAUAACACAAUCACUUCAGCGGUAAGAGAACUCUUAUAGUUUUCAUCAAAAUACAACAGGUAUAUAACAUUAUAGAUGUAUUUAUGUAGCUCGAAGAGAUCGAAGGUAUUGUUUUGAAAUGUUC